AUGGAAAACAAGGAGCCUACAAAGGACUCCGUGUGGAAAGUCAUCUACUCCAUUGAGGGUGGCUGCCCUGUCUCUGCAGAAGCCAACCUGGACGAAUUCGGUCCCAGCCUCGACAAUACCUUCAAGUUCGAUAUCCCCCCAGAGCUUCCUAACGGCGUCAUGACAACAGCGUGGACGUGGUUCAACAAGAUCGGAAACCGCGAGAUGUACAUGAACUGUGCGCCAGUCACGAUCUCUGGCGGUGCUGACGAUACAACCGCAUUUGAUGCUCUCCCCGACAUGGCAGUCGCAAACAUCCCAGUCCCGCAGUCUUGCGGUACGACAAAAGAGAGCAGUGAUUUCACGUUCCAGAACCCAGGAAAGUACGUGAAAUCUGUCGGAAAAGGCCCUUUCGCGGAUCUUUGCACUGGCGCAACUUCGCAGCCCAGCACCGGCGGUGCUGAUGCUGGUGGUGGCAGCGGCAAUGCCGACCCUGGUGCUCCAGCCGCCAGUCCUCCAGCUGCUAGUCCUUCCCCGGACUCAGGGGCCUACCAACCUGCUGCUACGCCUCCAUCUGCCGCGAGCCCAGCUCCAGUAAGCCCCCCUCCCGCUCCACCAGCUGCUCCAUCUGGCACCAAGUCCGCCUGCUCACCCAAGCCCAAGCCUGCCGAGUCCACCCUCCGCACACUCGUGACGGUCACGGCACCAAUGCCAACAAACACCGAUGGCAUCUUCCCACCUGGCCCAGCAGCCGGCACGGGCACAGCCCCCGCCGCGGCUCCAGCGCCACAACCAACCAGCCAGUCUCCAGCAGCAUCACCCGUCGCGCCUCUAAGACCAACACCAUCCGGCUCACCCACCUCACCCGCACCCGCAAAUCCAGGUUCAGACAAAGAGGCCUGCUCCCCCGACGGCGCUGUCGUUUGUUCGUCCGACGGUACGAAGUUCGGUCUCUGCGACCACGGCAAGGUCAUUAUGAUCCCCGUGGCUGAAGGCGCAAAGUGUGAAAACGGAGCCAUUGCGAAACGCGGUGAUUACUCGCAUCGUAAUCAGCGCACUGCUAUCUAG